AUGCAAAACGCAACAGAAAUAGUUUCAUUUGUGCUCGUCCCUUACGGCACCAUAGAACACCUGCACAGGUAUGCGUAUUUCACCGUGAUAUUAUCUGUGUACAUCUCAAUUGUGUUCGCUAACACUUUGCUCAUUGUGGUCAUAUGUGUGGAGAGAACUCUGCAUGAGCCCAUGUACGUGUUCCUCUGCAGCCUGUUUGUCAAUGAAAUAUACGGCAGCACGGCCUUGAUGCCCCAGCUGAUGACGCAGAUGUUUUCCGAAACUCAUGAAGUGUCUUUCGUCCUCUGUCUGCUGCAGAUGUUUUGCCUGUACACCGCGGCAUCUGUCGAGUACUGCAACUUAGCAGCCAUGGCUUAUGACAGAUAUGUUUCUAUAUGCAAGCCUUUACACUACAGCGUCAUCAUGAACAGCAGGAGGGUGUGUGGGGUGGUUUCACUCGUGUGGAGCUACUCCUUCAUCAGAUUUUCACUCACCAUGUCUCUGACUCUCCCCGUAGCUUACUGCGGGAACUCGGUCAACCAAGUGUUCUGUGAUCUCAAGCAUGUGAACAGUUUGGCGUGCUCGGACAAAUAUUCAAGAAAUAUUCACAACAUAGCAGCUGGUUUUCUGUCCAUCCUCGUCCCUCUUGUCUUUAUCGUCUUCUCCUACAUCAGGAUUUUAACUGUGUGUCUGAAAAUGUCCAAACAAGCCCAGAGGAAGGCGAUCAGCACUUGCACUCCACAUAUCGUGUCUCUGCUGAACCUGUCCAUCGGCUGUUUCUUUGACAUUGUCCUGAGCAGAUUCAGCACAGAUCGAGUUCCAGCUGCGUUACGCAUCUGUUUGCCGCUGUAUCUCUGCUUUGUUCAGCCACUUUUGAACCCAGUCAUGUAUGGGGUGAAAACGUCAAAAAUCAGAAAUGUGUGCAAAAAUGUACUGCUCAGAUCAGGUCAGGUUCAGGUAAAAUGUCAAGACAGAAACUGA